UGAAAAGUGAAGAUGAAGAUCUUUCUAUUCUUAAUACUAAGCUUAUCGGCAGUCCAUUCCGAAUUGUCUGAUAUCACAGCAUCAAAGGAAUCAAUUGCUCUCCUCAAAAACCUAGCAUCAAGCGAUGUAUCUAAAGAAUGGGGAAAGAAGCUUGGCGACAGAUUCACAAAACUUGCAUCAAUUUCAAAGAAGUUCGGUAAAUAUGCCGGUCCAGUUGGAGACUUACUUGAAUUUGCAUUGACAAUUGCUGAAGAGAACAAUGAUGAAACUGAAGAGUAUUUGAAGAACAUCACUAAGCAAUUGGAUAAAAUCGAUUCUAAAUUAGACGCCAUAUCCGAACAGAUCACGUUUUUGGAUUCCAAGCUUACACAGUCUACAAAAAAGAUUAUUUCAGAAGUAAAAUUCCGAGAUUUUGUAAAAUAUCUUGAAGACUUGGCGGCAUCGAAGCAGCACUUUGAAUCUAUUAUAUCCAGUUUUACUUCUAAUUCGACAUCAUUUCUGUAUCAGCUGAAUAAAUAUAUUGAGGACUAUCGGCAACAAGGCUCUGAUACAAAGCUAGUAAAUAUUCUCGAUUCUGGUGCUGGAAUUUCCAAUUCCAUUGUUGCUGAUUUAAUUUCACUGAGUCGUUCCUAUCAUAAAGAUAAUUUUGGAUCCUCUGGAUCAUCUACUAUGAAGACAGUCUAUGAUAUUUAUAUAACUGCUUUCAUGACGAUCCUCAAAGCUAAUAUCAUCUUAGAAAGUGCUGUAAAUUUAAAGACAGCAAUCACGGGUCAAUAUUAUGAAGAGGAUAGGCGUUACAAUCACUACCGAAAGAAUGAAAUAUUUGAAAAAUUCUUCACAUCCCUUGAAAAAGCUUUCAGCAAGCUUGACGAUAAUGACAUGGAUGGAUUCAUAGAUUUCUCAAUUAACGGGAAUCAAAAUAGUGUCAGGAUGAUUAAUGUCAUUCAAUACUUUUGGGAGAAUGAAGAUAAACUCAGCAUCAUUGAUACCUGUACAGAUGAUUGCGAGCAUUUCAAGAACCGCAAAUACUCUGGUGGUGGAUGCAAUGGAGGUGUAAGAGAUUGCAAGUUUGCAGUAUCACUUCAUCACACAGAAAGAUACUUAAGACAGAAUCCACAAGUUGAUCGAAUUUAUUUAGGAUAUGUUCUGAACAAUAAGUGGAAUGGACAUGGAAUUGACGAUGAUAGGAAUCAGAAUAUGGAAUCUAAAAAAUCAUAUCCUCGAGGAUUUGUCAACUGUCAUGUCUGCAAAUGUGUGUGCGAUCAGUACUCGAGUAGCAACACAGUAAGAAAAAUUUACACUGGAAAAAUAACAUCACCAGAUGGAUAUGUCGUCACUGGAAUGAGAUUUGUGGAAGCCAACAAAGCAAUUUAUCCUCAAAUUCAAGUUGGAAAGUUACUUCCAAUGGCAACAGUUGAUCAAAGUUCAAUAUACUGGCUUGAAAUUGAAAGGGAUCGAAGUUUUGUUACUUUCGAUUACGAUAAGCAUGACAUUGACUUUGGGGAUCCUUCGCUAAUAAAGUUUUCUGAUUCUGUCGUGACUGGAGUACAGUUUCAAAGUUCUUACAUUGGUGCAUCAUGGUCAAUAUUUGGAAGGCAAAUUGUUGACUUUAACAGAGGAAUACUAGGAAGUGAAGUUGUUGCUAAAACAACCGGAUCUCUUGUUAAUUUUGAUGCCUCAAAUUUGAUUCCUGGAUUGUCAACAGGAACGAAAUUUACAAUUGGAAAGAAUAGAAGAGUAGAAUUUGGCAUUAGUAAUGAAGAUAAAGAUGCAGGACAGUCUUUUGUUCCAUAUUUUGAUGGUAAUGAAGUCACGUUUGAUAUCAAAUCGCCGCUAUCUGGAAUCACCUUGAUUCACUAUACAAAUGAUGCAAACUAUGCUGGUUUCAUUCGACCUGUUCUUAGAAGCUUGGACUACAGAAAACUUUUUAGUACUUCAUAUGAAGUUGAACAGUUUGUUCCUCUUAAUUAUACUGGUUAUAAAGAUGAAAAUCAUAUUGAUGAACAACAAAAAAGUUUUAGUUUUAAGUUGGUUCCCAAUUUUUUUAUUCUUUCAUUAUUCUUAACGUUUUGCAUUACAAUAUGAUUAUUAUUUUGUAUCAUUUAUGAUUAAUAAUAAAUAAACAAAACUUGAGCACCUGUUGGCAUCUCCAUAAUUUUGCCAUGUGCUUAGC